AUGACUCUCCCCGAGGAUAUUGGUGUGUUAACGGAUGAGCUAAUUUUGGCUAUCACAAAGAUCGAUCCUACUAAUACAUCACGACUCAAACAUCUAAAGCAUCGUGUCGAAGACACGCUAAAAUCCGCCUCUCAUGGCCGGACUGACCAGUUUGCAGUCUCAAAACAGCUAGAGGGCCUGCAGGAGAAAUUCCAGGUUCUCAAUAGAGAUGAUCUCGCGGACGCACUCCGGAGUCGCUUGACUGAAUUAGAUGAACACCAUAGCUCCUGGUUUCCCGAAAUAUUAUCUUUCCUUUUACAGCUCUCUUCUCGCCCUGCUGUGUUCUCGCGGGUAGACCGACUCCCAAAGCCCAAGGUUGAUGAAGACGCGAAGCAACUCUCCUGGACGGAGUUGGAUGCUUCGGGAUCCGCGUAUUGUGAUGAAGAUAUCUGGGAGUGUGUAAACUUUGAUGCAGAUUCCUCAUCCGAAGAAGAUGAUGAUCUUGUGUCUUCGGGGCGCAGUGAGGCCUCAAUCCCGCAGACCCUUCCUUCCAGUCCCGUUGCCUCCGAAGAAGACUAUGAAAUUCCUGAUGAAGUCUUCUCUCCUGGGACCGAUGUGGUUCUUGUGGAUUCCGUUAGGGAGGCACAAUUCUGGAGGCCUAAGAAGCAUGCAGAACCCAACCAAGUCGAAAAGCUUUCCUGCCGUGUGGUCACGGAGCUUCAAAUUGUAAGAGAAACACUGUUUAUGUUGCAGGGUUUGCCUACGUCUUUUUUUUGGCGAUUCGAUGACAACAUCGAGGUCGAUCGACGGUAUGCUCUUACACACACCUCGGCCGAGGCCCUGUCCUCGCUUUUGCGGUCAUUUAGCAUGAUUGGCGCCAAGGUAGAUGUUAUAAGACGCUUCAUCAAGAUCACCCAGGUUGUUCCCUAUAUGCAAACCUUUCACCGAUGUGUUGAGGACUGCUUGAACCAAUUCGACGCGUGUUUGUCGGAAGUGCAAACUCAGUGCAUUUCGCAGGGAGCCACUUUUUCCGUCAGCCUACUACAACUGGCCGAAGACGUCCGCAGCGCAUCAGCGAUGCUCGUGCUUCUGGCCGAUUUGAUCUCCAAUCUCAAGUAUAACUCUCCAGACAACGGUGUACGGUGUCUUGACCUAUUGUACGAUGUGGUAUGCAUGAAGCAAGCUACAGGGGACGAUGACGAGUUCAGAUUUCUGGCAAACUUGUUCUUUUCAUGUCUCGGAACCUACAUUCGUCCUAUUCGUCGUUGGAUUGAGGAGGGACGACUGGAUUCAAGAGAAGGGAUAUCUUUCAUCAUAGACCAACGUGGCGAUAAAGAUCUGCGGUCCCUUUGGCGCGAAUGGUAUGCUGUGGACGACUCAUUUGGGCUUCCACAAUUUAUAAGACCUGUUGCUCAAAAGAUCUUCACCGCGGGUAAAAGCAUGGUCUUUCUACAACACUUGAAUGCUCUGGAGACUCUCGAAGAGUCGAAGACGAUUCCACUUACCUUGGAAAGUAUCUAUGGUGAUGACUCAAGCUCCUUACUCUGCCUUCCCUUUGCCGCCAUAUGUGAGUCCGCUAUUGACAAGCUCGUGGAGGCUAACCACUCCUUUGCGUCCGAUUUGCUACGAAAAGAGCUUGACCAGCAAUGCGGGCUGUGGAAAUCACUCCAAGCCUUGGAACACAUCUACCUCUGCAAGGACCUCAGUGUGUCCGCUAUUAUCGACAACAAGGUCUUUGACCUCAUGGAUCGCGGCAGAGGCGCCUGGAGCGACAGGUAUCUCCUCACCGAACUCGCACAGAGCGCGUUUAGCAGCAUGUCUUUCAUCGACCACUCAAGAAUAAUUGUCCGCUCGCACCAGGAUCCGCAAGGGCGCAGCCGCUCAGUCAAGUCCCUCAGAACCAUCUCAUUCGAUUACAUCCUCCCCUGGCCCAUCGCGAACAUCAUCCCCAAAGACGCCAUCCAACGCUACCAGCGCAUCUCGACAUUCCUGAUGCAGAUCCGCCGAGCAAAGCACUUGAUCGUAAAGCAGCGUUUGAAACAUACCAAUGAGACGGACGAUUACUCCCAUGACAGGAGCAGCAACGCACUAAGCUAUUCUCUUCGGCACCACAUGCUCUGGUUCCUGAACACCCUCUACAGCCACAUCACGGACUUUGUCAUCUCCACAGCGACAGAAUUAUUGCGCAAGUCCCUCUCCGCCACCAAGGACGUCGACGCCAUGAUCGCAGCGCAUCGCGCUUACAUGUCCUCACUGGAAGACCAGUGCCUCCUCUCCAGCAAUCUAUCACCUCUCCAUCAAGCCACAAUCAACCUCCUAGAUCUCUGCGUGUACUUUGCAGACAUCCAAGCCACACGCUACGGGGACAAGCUGUCCGAUCAGAGAACGCCGACCAAAUACGCCAAAUUUUCGCAAAGCAGAAAGAGUCUCAGCAGGAAGCAUCAGGAUACAUACACCGACGACGCGGUACGAAGUGAUUAUGACGAUGACGACGAUACACAAGACGAGUCGGACGAGGAUGUUGGCAAUACCACCAGCAUUUCCUUUUACGAAGCACCCUACGCGCAUCGCCUGAGGGACAUCAAAGGCCACUUUGACCAGUUGCUUGCAUUUCUGGCCGCUGGUUUGAAGGGUGUGGGGCGCGUGGAUGGUCAGAUCAGUUGGGAGAUCCUAGCUGAGAAGCUAGAGUGGCGUAAGAAGCGUUUGGCUGUUUAG